AUGAGCAAUACAAAAUCAGUGACAAGUUCUCAGAGCACGACUUCGCAAAGCGAGCCACCACAGCCAUCGCCACUGACAGUGGACCCGGCCAACCCGCAGGAGCAGACGCUUGGGUUCAGGAUCACCCCGCCGCUGGAAGACGACGACACGAUGCGCAACGUGAAAUCGUUGGAAAACGAGGAUAGUGGCCGCGAGUCGGGCAUCGUCAUCGAUAUCAAGGUACCCUCCGGCGCCUUUUUAUUCGCCCAUUUAGUGCUCGACGACCCAGGUGACGAAGCCGUCGCC